CAGCGGUGCGGCAAGCUGCUUCUGCGUCCCGCGCGCAUUGUGCGACAGUCCCCGCACCCACCGUCCCACGCAUGGCACCCACGUCGCUCGGGAUGAACACCGCUGCGCUCAGGGCACGCGGUGGGGGCGGCGCGGGCUCAGGUCCCCUGCCUUUCAGCGUCGAGUCACUGCUGGAGGCAGAGCGCGGGCCAGACUCCAAGCCCACAGAGCCAGGGGAGGAGAAGCCGCUAGGCGCCCUAGAGACCCGGGCCUGGGUCCCGCCUGCUGCCCUUGCGUGCCCCCUACGAGCCCCCAGCCCGGCACCCUGCAUCCUCCGAAAACACAAGAACAACCGCAAGCCGCGGACGCCCUUCACUACCUCGCAGCUGCUGGCGCUGGAGUGCAAGUUCCACCAGAAACAGUACUUGUCCAUCGCUGAGCGCGCCGAGUUCUCCAGCAGCCUGAGCCUCACCGACACGCAGGUGAAGAUCUGGUUUCAGAACCGUAGGGCUAAGGCCAAGCGGCUGCAGGAGGCCGAGCUGGAGAAGCUGAAGCUGGCGGCCAAGCCGUUGCUGCCCUCGUUCGCCCUGCCCUUCCCUCUGGGCGCCCCGCUGCACGGCUCCAGCGCAUUCGGUGGCCCGGCAGGAGCCCUUCCCCAGGUGUCCGGGCUCCUCGCAGGGCCAGCCACGGCCUACAGCGUGUACUCCCUGACUUAGGCGUGGGUGUGAGAAUCCGACCCGGAGCCGCAUGGCGGGAGGGAUGGCCUUGACCUUCAGGAGGGACACGGCUGGUCCGGCUCCGCAUGUGCCACAGUCCACGGAAGACUGGCCUGCGCUGAGUCCCUGUUCCUGGUACCCUCGGCAUUUCGGUGUUGCCUUUUUGUUGCUGUUGUUUAGUUUUUCGUUUUUGUUGCUAAUGCGAUGUUAUAUUUAAUGCCUGAAGCCUAUUUGUGGGUAUCUUACAAAGAUUUCAAGUUUCUAAGAAUCAUGUUAGUACUAAACUGUUUGCUGAAAGGUAAUGGACUUUAUUCUGUACCCUCAAAAUGGACCAAAAUAGAUCUUACUACUUGGAAUAAAGCAGCUGCCAAAGUACUCUGAGGCUUGCUCCCUGGACCCACCUCUGGCUCUGAAGUCCAGUUUCCUCCAGGUAGCCUUGUCCACUUGCAAAAUUAUUCUGGGACACACCAAGGAACUACUUCUCAAAGAAAUUAAAAUAGUUUGAUGCCAGGACUACUGGAAACAAAUACUGACACUCUAAUUAGAUUCUCACGUCAUUA